AUGUCUAAGUCAGAGUCUUGCAAAGAGCCCAAACAGCAGUGGAAGCUCUUUAUUGGAGGUUUGAGCUUCACAGCAACUAAUGAGAGUCUGAGGAGUCAUUCUGAGCCAACGGGAAUGCUCAGGAACUGAAUGGUAAUGAAAGAUCCAAACAGCAAGGUCUCCAGAGGCCCUGGGUUUGUCACGUAUGCCACUGUGGAGGAGAUGGCUACAGCCAUGAAUGCAAGGCCACAGGAUGUGGAUGGAAGAGUUGUGGAACAAAAGAGGGCCAUCUCAAGAGAAGAUUCCCAAAGACCUUGUUCCCACUUAACUGUGACAAAGAGAUUUGUCAGUGGUAUUAAAGAAGACACUGACAAACAUCACCUAAGAGAUUAUUUUGAACAGUAUGAGAAAAUUGAAGCGAUUGAAAUCACAAAUGACCAAGGCAGUGGCAAAAAGAGAUUUGCUUUUGUAACCUUUGAUGAUCAUGCCUCUGCAGACAAGAUUGUCACUCAGAAAUACCAUACUGUAAGUGGCCACAACUGUGAAGUAAGGAAAGACAUAUCUAAGCAAGAGAUGGCUAGUGCUUCAUCCAGCCAAAAAGGUCCAAGCGGUUCUGGAAACUUUGGAGGAGGUUGUGGAGGUGGUUUUGGCGGGAAAGACAGCUUUGGUCAUAGAGGAAACUUCAGUGGUCGAGGUGGCUUUGGUGGCAGCUGUGGUGGUGGUGGAUAUGGCAGCAGUGGGGAUGAGUAUAAUGGACUUGGUAAUGAUGGUAGUUUCGGAGAAGGCAGCAGCUACAAUGAUUUUGGCAAUUACAAUCAAUUUUCAAAUUUUGGAUUCAUGAAAGGAGAAAACUUUGGAGGCAGAAGCGCUGGCCCCUGUGGUGGUGGAGGACAGUACCUUGCUAAACCACAAAACCAAGCUGGCUACGGUGGUUCCAGCAGCAGCAGUAGCUAUGGCAGUGGCAGAAGGUUUUAA